UCCGUGUCACGUUAGAAGGAUCUUGUGUUUCUGAUCUCCAAACCCUUAAGUCUCAGAAAAAGCUGGGAGAGACAGUCUUUAAAAAACAAAAAGCAAAUAAACCUCUCGGCGCGUGCGUCACAGCCUGACCCGGAAGCAGAACUGCCACUCUGAUGGCAGUUACCUCAGUAUCCACUUCAGCUUCGCCUCCGACCUCUGAGAAGAAUGAAGCCACCUUCAGCCAGCGCUCUCUUCUAUAGCGUGACUGAUUGACUCACGGCGCGCGGCCACGCCCUCCGUGACGUCACGGCGCAGGCACCGCGAUGUACUGAAGUCCCUCCUGAUCAUCUUCGUGGUGGGCGGCCCCGGCUGCGGGAAAGGGACCCAGUGCAGAAACAUGGCCACCAAAUACGGCUUCUGCCAUGUGGGGCUGGGCCAGCUGCUGCGGGAGGAGGCUCAGAGGAGCACCAAGCGGGGCCGGAAGAUCCGGGACAUCAUGCAGCAGGGCCUCCUGGUACCCACGGGUCUCAUUCUGGACAUGGUCAGUGACAGCCUGUUGUCUUGUCCGGAGAGCAGCGGUUUUCUCAUCGAUGGCUUCCCCAGAGAGCUGGAACAGGCCAAAGAGUUUGAGCGAAUUGUGGGCAGGGCCCCCAACGCAGUCAUGGUGUUUGACUGCUCCAUGGAGACCAUGGUGCGCAGAGUGUUGCGACGUGGACAGGUGGAGCACCGGGCAGACGAUUCAGAAUCGACCAUCCGCAAGCGUCUAGAAACAUACUACACCCUGGCACCGAUAGAUGUGAGCCACUGGAUGUGCUUAGCUCCUGAAAGCUACAAUGGGGUCCCAAUGCUGCACCUGUGUAGCCAUGAAGCCCUGAUGCUUCCCAUACGUCUGGCUCAGCACAGGGGUGUUAGGUAAGGGACUUUGGUGGUGUUCUCAUCUCUGUGGGAACAAGCAUUGGAGACUCUGCCUUCUGCUCCCUGUACCCAUGGGGUCUCCACUCCCUCCACACCCAUUGCUGUCACCCAGGCUGCAAACCUGCUCACAUCAGGGCUUGCCUUGAAGCAGUUAUGGGAGCAUAGAUCUUGCCAUGGGCUGUACCCUUGACCCCAUGGCUUCCUCUCCCCUAGAUCUUGGCUGAAGAAGCCCCCGAGAGCAUUUUUGCCAAGUGCUGCUUAGUCAUUGAGAGUCUGCAGUGAGGCAGGGAGGGGCCAACGUCCAGCCUACUCCACCCCCCACAGUACACAAGACCCAGGCCUGUGAGGUGAGACCUUGGUGAUAACAGGGUGCCUUGUGGGAAGACAGGCACUUAACAUAGCCAGAGAGCAACUACCUUCACCUAGAGGUGGCAGCUGUCACUGCAUCAUGUGGACACUGGUCAUUUUGUAUUGUGUCAUGGUCUGCAAGGGGUCUGAAGGCAGCUUUGGAGAGUAGGUUCUUUUGGUCCUGAUGCUGUGGCCCAUAAGCCCAUCCCCCAUCUGGCUGGGGUUACAGGGGAGUCAAUGCACCUAAUUUGGGGACCAGCACUUUCACCUGCUGUGCCAUCUCCCUGGCCUUGACUGAUUUUGAUCACAAAAGGUAACUUCACAAGCUGGCACACUGCCUCAGAGACCUUGGCACUACCCACUUUGUCCAUGCAUCCCAAGUGGCUUUCACUCAUGCAGGCCUGACGUCUACUUCCCACUCAGUAUUCACCACACACAGGCAAGUAAGGCCUGUGCCCCAAUGGGAUGUUUCCACAAGGCAGCCUUAGUGACAAGUGUGGCCACAUCCAUGGGAACAUGCACCCCGGGGAUCAUCCUCAGUGCCUGGCUCCCCAGGUCCCAGAGGGAAAGAGUACAUACAGCUGGGCAGGCUCCCCAAAAGGAAGGGGACCGCACUCACUCAUCACCUCUACCCCACUCACUCUGUGUGUAAUGAAAAGAGAGGUCAGGAAAAGGCAGGCCUGCAAACUGUCUCCUAAAAACCAAGACAAAAUCCCCACAUGAAGCCGCUCGC